AUGGCGUCGUUGUUCUCCCCGCCAAUCUCUUCUUCAUCUCUUCAUAAUCCCAAUUUCAUCCCAAAGUUCUCAUUCUCUCUCCUAUCCACGAACCGCUUCUCUCUCCUCUCCGUCACUCGAGCUAACUCCUCCCCUUCCUCUAACAGUGGGAUAACCGAUCCUGUGGCGGUGGUAGUCAAAGAAGCUCCGCCAUCAACACCGCCGGCGGUGAAGAAAGAAGAAAUCGCCACCACCGUAGAAGUUGGAGAAGAGAUGAAGACGACGGAGACGCUUAUCAAAUUCGAGGAUGCGAAAUGGGUUAACGGAACUUGGGAUCUGAAACAAUUCGAGAAAGAUGGAAAAACCGAUUGGGAUUCUGUAAUCGUUGCUGAGGCCAAGAGACGAAAAUGGCUGGAAGAGAAUCCGGAGACGACGAGUAACGAGGAACCAGUGCUCUUCGAUACAUCGAUCAUUCCAUGGUGGGCUUGGAUCAAGAGAUACCACUUACCCGAAGCUGAAAUCCUCAAUGGGCGUGCGGCGAUGGUAGGGUUCUUCAUGGCUUACUUUGUUGAUAGCCUCACCGGAGUUGGUUUAGUCGACCAGAUGGGAAAUUUCUUCUGCAAAACGCUCUUGUUCGUGGCUGUUGCUGGAGUUCUCUUCAUACGCAAGAACGACGACGUGGACAAACUCAAGAAGCUCUUCGACGAGACCACAUUGUAUGACAAGCAAUGGCAAGCUGCUUGGAAAGAUGGUGACGACUCCAACAAGUGA